UUUUUUCUUUCCUUUCUAUUGUAAAUGGUUUAUUGUAUAGGAUCUGGUAAACCUAUAAAAAGAAAGCUUAUAGUAGUUGGAGAUGGUGCUUGUGGUAAGACAUCCUUAUUGAAUGUAUACACAAGAGGCUACUUUCCUCAAGUAUAUGAACCUACUGUAUUUGACAACUAUGUGAAUGAUGUAUACAUUGAUGGAAAACAUGUAGAACUAUCCAUAUGGGAUACAGCAGGUCAAGAGGAGUUUGAUCGAAUUCGAUCUUUAUCCUAUAGCGAUACACAUGUCAUCAUGAUAUGCUUUUCAGUAGAUAAUAAGGACUCCUUAGAGAAUAUACCCAACCGCUGGAUGGAAGAAUUAGAAGAGGGUUGCCCCAGAGCAAAGAUUAUCCUGGUAGCACUAAAAUGCGACUUGAGAGAGGAUGAGGCAACUUUGAAGAAAUGCGAUCCUAUCUUGUAUCAAGAAGGAUUAAAUGUAGCAAAGAGCAUACGUGCAGUGAGAUACCUCGAAUGUUCGGCAAAACACAAUCGUGGUGUUCGAGAGUGCUUUGAUCAAGCAGCAAAAGUGGCUAUUUCUGUAAAAUUGGACGAACAAUCAUCAAAGCAUUCUUGCGUUAUUCUAUAACCUUUAUACUUCCCUUCCGUAUGCGUAUAACAGCAUAUACAUACAUAUAUACCUUAUUAUAUACUCUUAUUUGAUUGUUUUAGUACAAUAAUACGCCUGUGUUCACUGAUAUUGCACAAUUGAUUGCGUUACUCGACGUGCGUGUAUGUGUGUGUAUAACCUUGAGUACUUUCUCUAUUGCACCAUUUGGUGCAAUAAUAAAUAACAGUAGUGACACUUUAUACAAGUAUUCAUAUCUGUACAAAUAUGACUUUUUAUUUAAAUGGCGUCAAUUUUAGUCAGUUAAAGUAAUAUUGCCCUGAUGAGGGGCACUGAAAUAUAUUGAUAAUUAAACCCGAAUGAGAAACUGUAAAAAGGGGGUAAGCCAUUGACU